AUGGAUUUGGGGUGCUUGGAGACAGUGGUAGCCAACUCCGCCUACAUCUCGGCCCGGUGCAGUAUUGAUGCCACCGCCACCGUCCAGAUAGCCAGAGCGAAGAAAUACCGAGCUAAACUCAAGCUGCCACACAUCACCCAGAGCGAAAGUCUACAGGAUGUGAUUGACACGGAGUUUGACAGCAUUUGCGUCAAUCAGCCCAUCGGGAAGAGGCUUUUCCAAGAGUACUUGGACACAGUCGCUCUAUACAAGCCAGCCUAUGAGAUGUGGAAAAGCAUUGAAGACUACGACACAGCAGAGGAUGAAGAGCGGGCUCAGAAGGCGAGAGAAAUUAUCAGCAAGUUAUUGGAGUCGGGGGCAGAGCUAUUCUGUGGUUACCUGGAAGAGAAGUGCAUCUUGAGAAUCAAGGAAGACUGUGAGAAUGUAAGGGAUGACCUCUUCGCGGAAUGUAAAGAGCUCACUAUGAAAUUCCUAAAGACCAGCGGUCCCUAUGACUGUUACAAAGGAAGCAUGCACUUCAUGAGGUUCUUGCAGUGGAAAUGGCUCGAGGCUCAGCCCGUUGGAGAGGACUGGUUCCUGGAUUUCCGUGUCUUGGGUAAGGGAGGGUUUGGCGAGGUCUCCGCCUGUCAGAUGAAAGCAACUGGGAAAUUAUACGCCUGCAAAAAGCUGAACAAGAAGAGGCUGAAGAAGAGGAAAGGAAACCAAGGUGCAAUGGUGGAGAAAAAAAUCCUGGCUCGUGUACACUCUCCAUUCAUUGUCUCCUUAGCUUAUGCUUUCCAAACCAAGGCAGAGCUUUGUCUAGUGAUGACCAUCAUGAACGGAGGGGAUCUGAGAUACCACAUUUACAAUGUGAAUGAAAACAACCCAGGCUUUAGUGAGGAUCGGGCAUGCUUCUACACAGCUCAAAUUGUCUGUGGCAUGGAACACCUGCACCAAUGCCGGAUCAUCUACCGUGACCUGAAGCCGGAGAACGUCCUCCUUGAUAAUGAGGGCCACGUGAGAAUCUCUGACCUUGGACUUGCCGUAGAACUGAAACCAGGUGAAACCAAAACGAAAGGUUACGCUGGAACUCCAGGUUUUAUGGCCCCAGAACUCCUUGAAAGUUUGGAGUAUGAUUAUUCAGUUGACUAUUUCGCACUGGGAGUCACCUUGUACGAGAUGAUAGCAGCCAAGGGCCCAUUCCGAUACCGGGGUGAACAUGUUGAGAACAAGGAGGUGAAGAGACGAAUUCUCAAUGACCCAGUCACCUACUGUGUGAAAUUCAGUGAAAGUAGCAAGUUGUUCUGUGAGGCUAUGCUGGUGAAAGAUCCCAACAAACGCAUUGGAUUCAGGAAUGAGUGCUGCAAUGAAUUAAAGGCUCAUGCCUUUUUCACGAAUAUUAAUUGGAGAAAGCUUGUAGCUGGUAUACUCCCACCUCCUUUCACUCCCGACCCGAAAACAGUGUACGCAAAGGAUAUUCAAGAUGUGGGUGCCUUCUCAACUGUGAAGGGAAUCAACAUCGAAGAUUCUGACAAGAAUUUCUUCGAUGAAUUUGCAAUUGGAAACAUCUCCAUUCCAUGGCAGGAAGAGAUGAUUGAGACUGGUGUUUUUGCUGAGCUCAAUGUGUGGGGUCCCAAUGGUGGUUUGUCAAACGACUUGAGGAGAGAAUCAAUUCUGGAGCUUCCUCUCGCCAAGUCAGGAGUGUGCUCCAUUGCUUGAAGAUGCAAAGUACUAGAUUAAGGUUUCUCUGCUUGUGGCUGAAACAUUCAGCUUGAACUAUAAAGGGUUGUUUCAAAAUCCAGGUUUUAUGGUUAUAGAAAAAUAUCAUGCAUCUCUCAUCCUGUAGCUCUGUAGUAAAGUCCUUUGCCUGUGACUCUUCAAAACUAUCAACUUCCACAAGUGGCCCCACUGGAAGAUGGUUGAGCUGGUCAGGAUCUACUAGAUUGUACUAUAAGAUUGUAACUAUUGUUAAUGUUUUCAUGUUGGACACUUAAAUGGCUGUGCUUACUGUCUAGCUGAGUUCAAGCUGAUAUCCACUCUCUCACCUCACUGUGACUCUCAUUAUUACAUUCGUUUUAGGGGAAUGGAGCCCUGUCCCAUAGGGAGACUAAUUCUGCUUUCUAUUGGACUUUGGUCCGCUGGUGGGCAUUGGUCCUUGACCUUACCCCCUGAUGCUGUCCCAUCAUAAUCCCUGCCCAUGGCUGCCUAGGGAUGCAAAUUGUCCUGUAUUAGCCGGGAUAUCCCGUAUAUUGGGCUAAAU